ACACUCUCAGCAGCGGAGAGCAUCACUUUAUCCUCCUCGAUCUCGCAAUUUCAUUAAAGUUAAUUUCUCCGGUCCAGAAAGCGAAAAGAUGGGCUCAGUGCUGCCCGCCGAAGCUUUGGCCCUCAAGUCUGGAUUUAAGUGUCCGGCCCGGGCGGCGCUGUCGGACGUGAUCACUUCGGACGUCCUGCACAGUUUCCUGUACGGCCGCUGGAGGAACGUCCUGCAGGGGGGCGAGCACCUGCAGGCGGACGAGCGCCACGCCGGCUGCACCAGGACCGCCUUCACCGCCGAAGUGUUGGCUCAGUCCUUCGUUGGAGAGGUGCAGAAGUUGUCCAGUUUGGUGCUCCCCAGUGAGGUGAUCAUAGCACAGAGCUCCAUCCCAGGAGAAGGUCUGGGCAUCUUCUCCAAAACGUGGAUCAAGGCCGGCACGGAGAUGGGCCCCUUCACAGGCAAAGUCCUUUCCCCGGAACACGUGGACCUGCUCAAGAACAACAACCUGAUGUGGGAGGUGUUUAAUGAGGACGGCACUGUGAGGUACUUCAUCGAUGCCAGCCAGGAGGACCAACGCAGCUGGAUGACUUACAUCAAGUGCGCCCGCAAUGAACAGGAACAGAACCUGGAGGUGGUCCAGAUUGGCAGCAGCAUCUAUUACAAAGCUGUGGAGACUAUCCCACCGGAUCAGGAGCUGCUGGUGUGGUAUGGAAACACGCACAACACCUUCCUGGGCAUCCCCGGAGUGCCGGGAACAGACGAAGAGCAGCAGCAGAAGAAGAGCAGAAAUGAUGACUUGCAAUCUUGCGAGUCCUCGUGCUCGCCGCCUUCCUCGUCGUCCUCGUCCACCGCCGGCCUCAACACUUCAGGGCGCAUGCGCUGCGUCAUCUGCCACCGCGGCUUCAACUCGCGCAGCAACCUGCGAUCGCACAUGCGCAUCCACACGCUGGACAAGCCGUUCGUGUGUCGCUUCUGCAACCGCCGCUUCAGCCAGUCGUCCACGCUGCGCAAUCACGUGCGCCUGCAUACUGGCGAGCGGCCCUACAAGUGUCACGUGUGCCAGAGCGCCUACUCGCAGCUGGCGGGGCUGCGUGCGCACCAGAAGAGCGCUCGCCACAAGCCCGCAGCCGCCGCCGCCAUAGCCGCCGAGGGUACCCCACAGGCUUCGCCUCCACUUCCACCUCCUCCCACCGCCGCCCAGCAGAUGGCGCCCGUCGUUCGCCACCACCACCACCAUCACGUGCCUCUGGUGCAUCACAUUCCUGCCUUGGUGCUCUGACAAGUAAGACAACGACAAUAACAGCUAAGAUGCACUUUAGCAAGGAGCUCGAGUGGGCUAGAGAGUACACGUUUAUUCCAAUUGUGUUUCCAAAAAAAACUUUCUGGGAGGACUCGCCUGGCACCUGACCGAAGUGCUUUUGUUGAACAAUAUAUUAUACCACAAAUGCAUGCUUGGACAGGGGGCUCACACAGGAUAUUCUUGCAGCAAAAAUGUUUGUUUAUUCCCCCUUGAAUUAUGUUAUUAUGAAUAUUCAUCUGUCAGAAGACACUAGUCAUGUUAAUGAUUAAUCACAAUCAUUAUCUACAAUGGGAAAUGUUUAUAUUUCGAGGGAUUGCGUCACAAUCUUUUUCGAGGAAAUCCCAAUGUCUCUUCACGCGUGUUACUUUCAGAAUAGGCCCGUGGUCUGAUCAUGUGAUCCUAAUGAGCUGGCAGUUGGUCAUGUGACUGAAACAUGGCGGGACUUUGGGAGUAUACGUCACGUGAUCAAAAUUUUCCUUCCGCACGUUUAAGCAAAUGUUAUUUAAUAGCACUUUUCACCGAGCGGACGUGCAGAAUGCCUCGGAUAGUUAAUAUAUAAACAUGCAUUCAAAAACAACGGAGCCAAAAAGUGCAUAAACAAUUAAACAGAGGUCUCCUGGCACGUGACGAAAGAUUUGCCAAAACACUGUCACGUGAUCAACACUUCCAACCACGACACGGGAACUCUCGAUGUCACAUGAUCAAGCCAGCGAGCCAAUUCGUGAGAGUUCAUACGUGACGUUUUGAAAAUGGCAAAUAAGAUCACUUGAUCAAAAGUUCAAGCAAAUACGCGUAAGUGAAUCAAUUUUAUUUAUAUAGCACUUUUAAUAAAAAAAGUUCUCGAAAGUGCUGAGUUAAAUACAGGUUUAAAAAUAUGCCUGGCACGUGACCAAAGACUUGGAAAAGACGAACACCCACGCGUCCCCUGUUCAAGACGGGACGCCAAUCAGCGUGCGCGCACAUGUCACGUGGUCAGAUCCCACAACGUUCGCGAGGCCACGUCACGUGACGCCAACAGCAGUUUCUAUGGAUUCCACAUGUGAACGGACAGGUGUGCAGCAAGGAAGCUUGAAAUACAACUAUGUAGUUGUAGGUCUCACACUUUUCAAAUGAAAUGUCACUUUACUCUUGUACAGAACGAAUUAUUGUGUAAUAUUAAAAAUAAAUAAAUGUAUGGUAUGAUUCUCUGGGUGUAAAUAGAGUUAUGCUUCUUGUAUUGCAAAUAAAUCAUACGAGUUUAA